AUGGCUACAACACCACCUCCAGACGAGCCAGCCAGCGCAGCAGAGGAGACCACUGCCCAGGGCCAAACCGCUACAUUACCCCGUCGGCCGCGCGAGCAACAACAAAAAAAGGACAUCUUCCAGGCCCAAGAACAAGAAGCCAAUGAUACGUCCCGCGCCUUGCAGCGACAGCCCCGGCGACAGCGACGACAACAGCAACAGCAAGAACAAGUCUCUUCCGCCUCCGAUACCGAAACCUCAGUUGACGAAUCGAUCGGCGGCGCGCGCGAGGACCAGCAGCAACAACAACAAGCCACGACGACGCUGCGAGGAGGCCGUCAGGAUUGGUCGCUCGAGCCGGAGCCCGAGAAGGAAGACACCGGACUAAAGCUGCGGCUGGAUUUGAACUUGGAUGUCGAGGUGGAGCUAAAGGCGAAGAUUCACGGGGAUAUCACUUUGGCGCUUUUUGCUUAA